AUGGCGGCCCCGAACAGAAGCCACUACCAAUCCACCCCCCAAGUCGACCUCGAGAACAACGACGAGGAUAUCCACGAUUUAAUCGAUCCCGAUGAUGCGGACCUCAACUCCUUCGACGACCCCCUAGCCCCCUCUUCCUCUACCUCCCGCCCCCUCCCCCAAGGCAGCAUCACCUCCGCCUCCCAAACCGCCACAGCCCUCUCCUCCCGCUGGGGUUUAUCAGGUGAAGACCGCGCCGCACCCCUAAACACAAUCGACGAGCCCGUCUCCGCCACCCUCCUUAGGGAUCUCUCCGCCAUCUGGUCCAAGCUGAAAGAAGUCCUGUACCCAAAGUACCUCUUUGGCGGGUCCAUGUCCUCGAUUUCGGACGUCAGAAACUUGCGGUUGGCCCAGGCAAGGGAGGAAAUUGUUGGUUUAGCGUCAAGGGCGAUGGACGCGGAUAGCUUGCUGAGCAACAACCACAUGAGCAGCGGGCUGAGGGAUUGGGAUUUGUGGGGGCCGUUGGUGUUUUGUCUUUUGCUGUCGACGCUGCUGAGCUUGAAGAGUAGGGAGCAGCAGAGGGAGGUGGUGUUUAGUGGGGUUUUCGCUAUGGUUUGGGUUGGGAUGGGGGUUGUUACGGUCCAGAUAAGGUUGUUGGGGGGGAAUAUAUCUUUUGCGCAGAGUGUCUGUAUCAUUGGGUAUACCCUCUUUCCGCUCGUCAUUGCCGCGUUGCUGUCGGCUGUGAGUCUGAUUUGGAUUGCGAGGAUUCCGGUUUAUUUGGUGUUGGUUGGGUGGAGUUUGGCGGCGGGGGUGAGUAUUCUGGGGGGUAGCGGGGUGGUGAAGAAUCGGGUUGGGUUGGCGGUGUAUCCGUUGGCGGUGUUUUAUUUGGGGUUGGGGUGUUUGUGUUUUAUCUCUUGA